AUGUCUCUCCGCCCCCUCAUCGUCGGCAGCGCUGCUCGUAGUGCACAGACCUUCACAAGACAAUGCCGUCGAAAUCAUAGACUAUACGCGACGGAAGCGACACAACUAGCCAAUGUCGCGCUAAAGCCGACAAUAUAUGGACAGCCGCUAACCCCGUCUCAUCCCCACCUUGUCAAGGAUGGAGAGCUGGUCCCUGGAAUGGCCUCGCAAGAGUACGAGACGCGGCGACGCGCGCUGAUGGAUAGCCUGCCGUCACACAGUGUGGUCAUCUGCGUCGCUGCACAGGUGAAGUACAUGAGUGGCCAGAUCUUGUAA